UGCCUGAAAUCAUGAAAUCCUGCUCAUCCAGCAACAUGGACUCCGGUUCUGAGUCCGACUGCAAAGGCUCCGGAAAGUACGAAGGCGCGGUUCGACGGAGGAUGGCGGCCAACGCCCGCGAAAGGAAGCGGAUGCAAGGCCUGAACACUGCCUUCGACCGCCUGCGCAAAGUCGUCCCACAGUGGGGGCAGGACAAGAAGCUGUCCAAGUACGAGACACUGCAGAUGGCCCUGAGCUACAUCGUAGCUCUAAGCCGCAUCCUGACGGACUCCAGGCACCGUGGAUCCCACCAACAGUGGCUGGAUCUGCACGUCGAAAGCCUGCAGCAAGAGGCAGCCCCUUGCUACAUGGGCCACGGAUCCCCGAUGAGCGAUGACUACGCCCACAUAUCCUACCCCUACCAGUGCGACACGUUCCCGAUAAACAACUAGGCUCUGCUUUGUUUGUUCUGUAGAGGCACUUCUUCUACUUUUGGAAACGGUAAAUACUUUUGUAUUGCAUUUACUUUUAUUAAGCCCUUGUACAAAGAGUUACAGUAUGCUUGGAUAUGUCCAGGUCACAAAAAAAAAUCUCUGUUACAGAUCUUCCCAAAACGUAUUCGUAAAAAGAGCUCAGUCAAGCUGCUUAUUUCUCCUGGUAGCUAUAUAAAUAUUUAAGAGAGGAAAUUGUGAAGCACAGCUGAAAACUGAAGACUGAUGAUUCCUCAAAAGUAAAUUCUUGUGGUGCUUCGUACUGAAAUUAAGAAAUCAAACAUGAAAAAAUUGUUGCUGAUUACUACUAAAAAUGAUCAUAACGUAUAGAUAUUAGAUGUGUCUUUAUUUUUGAAAUUUUAAAUUUCUAACAAUAUAUUUUAAUAAUUGACAAUAGCGUUCCAUUUUCUUGGCCAUUUUUAUACCUUGAACUUUGUAAUUUGGCCCAUAGGUACUUGAAAUAUAAUUUAUAAAAAUUUAUAAUCAGAUUAAAUGUUUGUUGCUAUUUU